CCCCUUUCUUUCCCUCUUUCUCUCUCUUUCUUGACUUCUCAGAAAGCGUAUUUUCUGCUCAGAGUCUGAGAUCUGAAGGUGAGAGACGCAGGGCUGCCAGCUUUUCCUCCUCUCUACCCACUAACCGGGUGGUGGCGGCGGUGGCAGCAAAAGUGUUUAUUCAGAAGAAGGGGAUGCUCUAGAAGAACAAAGGCAAAGGCAAGCAGUGGCUCUGGCAUCCUCUAGUCCUGCCCCAAAGGUAGGUGCCAGCCAACUGGGAUAAAUUGCUUAGGGCUCGAAGCAAUGAAGGGGCCACUGGUAACAUGUGCCCUUUUGCUCAUCUGCCUCCUCUUCCAAGGUCAUUGCAAUGAGCAUGAUGUGGAAGAGAUGCCUGAAGCACCAACACAACCACCACCCCAGUAUGACAAUUCCAGGGCUGAGAAUGACUACCGGAAAUACAGCAAGCAGUCAAGAGGGUCCGAGUGUGUACGUUGCUGUGAUCCUCCUGAGGGCUUUGCGGCAUACCCAAUGUACCAGCCUUUGCCUCAAAUUAACAUUACCAUCCUGAAAGGUGAGAAAGGGGACCAUGGUGAGCGUGGCCCUCAAGGGAAGGUGGGCAAAGCUGGUUCUGCAGGAAGAAAGGGCCCAGUGGGCUUCAAGGGACAAAAAGGCAGCAUGGGAGCCCCAGGGGAGCGGGCCAAAACCAACUAUGCUGCUUUUUCGGUGGGACGGAAGAAACCUCUGCACAGCAAUGACUACUACCAGACACUUAUCUUCGACACUGAGUAUGUGAACCUCUAUGGGCAUUUCAACAUGUUCACAGGCAAAUUCUACUGCUAUGUGCCAGGCGUGUAUUUCUUCAGUCUUAAUGUGCAUACCUGGAACCAGAAGGAGACCUACCUCCACAUAAUGCACAAUGGGGCUGAGGCUGCCAUAUUGUAUGCACAGGCCAGUGACCGAAGCAUCAUGCAGAGCCAAAGCCUCAUGCUGGAGUUACAAGACCAGGACGAGAUCUGGGUGCGACUGUUCAAGGGUGAGCGGGACAAUGCUGUUUUUAGUGAUGAAUAUGAUACAUAUGUUACCUUCAGUGGGUACCUAGUUAAGCCCAGCUCCGAGCCAUGAAUCUGCAGGCAGAUGGACAAAAUACCGCUAAGAAUUUGACCUUGCUCCAUCCUUCCAGUGCAUUUCUACACAUUGUUUUGCAACACGAGCUUUCUGCAAGAAGCCACACACUAGUUCUGAAGACAACUUUUGUACUUGGAUCUCUAUCCACAUGAAAUCAUGGCCACAUUUUCCUUCAAUAAGCCUUCUCACUUUCAUCCUCUGCUCCUUCAACCCAAUCACACAACCUUGGGUCCUAUUGCUUAUUGCUCUGAUCACUAGUGCUGCCGGAGUAAGAAGUGGAGUAAGAAGCUCCUGUACUGUUAAUGACUGUCUAGAAGAGGGAACUUCAACGGUUGGUGCUAAGUACCAACCUGGAGACAUGCAGUGAUUCCUGAAAUUCCCAUUUCUACACAGUCAAUAAAGGUACUAGACACUGCUCCAGUUCUCAGUGUGACAACUCUUGUAAUUGUUAAUGUGGUCCAGAAAAUAACUUACUGGGGUCCCAUCUACACUGCCAUAUAAUGCAGUUUUUCUUUUCUUUUAAAGGUUUUUUGUGGGGUUGGGGUUGGGGAGGGGGUUCUUUCUUUGCUUUUCCAGGUUCACUGGGCCCGAGGAAGCAAAUUGGGCUGUGCAGAGUGACCCCUGGGUAGUCCUAGGACUACUCAGGGGUCACCAGGGGUCAGUCCCCACAGGGCUUAUACUCCAUUAGACCCAGGUCUUUCAGAAAGACCUGGGUCUAAUGGAGUAUCAAAUUAAUUUGUGACAAAGCAGAGUUUUCCUGCUUUGUUUCAAAUUAAUUUGGUUUUAUUGGAGAUGUCAUUUGGAUGCCUCCUAUAAAACUGCGGGAGCUCCUGUGUUAUGCGCCCUGUUUGGAAGGGUCCUCCUGCUCGAGCUGGCCUCAGCAUGUGGAGAGACACCUCCUAUGCAAACACUAUCUCAGAGGUAACAUCAAUCCAGCCAGUCCAGGUGCAUGCCCUGUGCCACCAUUUGGUGUGGUCAACUUAGCAAGACACCUCUCGUUCCCUGAACCUCAAGCAUUCAUUCUUUCUCUUUCUUACUGAAGCCUAUCUCUUUAGGAUAAGCAGAAGGCAGAAAAAGAAAUGGGCAGCUAAAAUUUUAAAUUUCCAACUAACUAGAAGCACCAUCUUUAUAGAGAUUUUUCUCCUGUAGUUUUCUCCUUAGUUCUUGGCUUUUCCCCUUGCAUUUAUAUCUGAAUUAUUUCUCAAUCUCAAUCAACUUCUCAGUUUGAUUGUUUGAGUGUUCAGACCCCCUUCUCUCCUUGACAAUAGCAUCAAUCUCUCACUGCUGGCCAACCUGCUCUUUCGUCACCAACUCUGCAAGGAAUAAUACCGGACCUCCCUCUGGUUCAAUGGCACAUAUGUGACCUUUUCUUUAAUAAUUGAGGACUCCGAGCUCUUUGCAACUCAUCUAUGUCUUCUUCUGUCAACAAGGAUGGGUGCUCCCUAGACUUUAUCACUGUCCCAAAUCUGCGCUCUUCCUAAUCCUGUCCAUGCGACCUAGAAGGGUAUUGUAUAAAAUUCAUGUAAAAAUUGUACUAUCUGCUAGUGCUUACAGGACCUUCUGAGACUGCUAGCUGAGAAACCUCUGGGUUUCUCAUGAUGUAUGAGGAGGUUAACUAUUUAUUCUCACCUAGUUUUUGCAUCAGCCAACGGUGUCCCUAAUAGAGAGUCACCUAACACCUGGAAGUGCCAUUGAACAAAAAUGGGUGGAUGUCUGGCUAGAAAGGGUAAAAUUGCCAGGGUCUGGAUUUCUGGGCUUCUGGGAACAUGUACAGUUUUUAAAAGUAUACAAUACAUCGUGUAUGUGUUCAUCUAUGCUUUCAAGUUGCCUGUCAACCAAUGACAACUUAAUGAAUUUUUAUAGGGUUUUCUUAGGCAAGAAAUAUCCUGAGGUGGUUUUGCAAUUCUUUCCUCUAAAAUAUAGCCUACAGCACCUGCUAUUCAUUGGCUCUUAUUCAAAUUCUAACCAGGGCUGAGCUUGCUUAGCUUCUAAGAUCAGACAGGAUCUAGUACGUUUAAGGUAUUCAUGUGAUUUAAUAACAUUGCAAAGAUACAAGUUUUGAUGUCUCAGCAUAGUCAAGACUUUGUAGGAAGAUUUAGUGAGGGUACCAAAAGUGUGUGUUUUGCUAUAGUCCAGCUUUCAGUGUACCUGGCUCUCUGAUAAAGUUAAGAUUUCCUUUUCAUUUCUAGAUGGGAUCUCUGUUAUCUCCAAACUCUGCUCAGAAAGAGCAGGGUUUUCUUUUUCCUGCCUGGAUGAAAGUGAGCUUUGAGGUGUGUUGAAGCCCAGGUUCCAGCCCCUCUUCAUCAGGCCGGAUUCCAGCUCUACUGUGGGCUGGAAGAGGCCCUGAGACCAGAGGUCCCCUCUUACCAAAUGUAAAUACCUACUUAUCUCGGUUAACAUUCUUCUUAGUAAUUAUAAAACUCAGUAGUGCAUAAUCCCUAUGCCUUCCUUAGUCUGGAAGCUGGCUGUAGUGGAGGACUUUCCCAUUGGAGGAAAGGUACCUGUUCUGUCCCCUGAGCAAAUUCUUGAAGGUGCUCUAAUCUCACCAGGAACAGUGUUGAAUUUACACAGGUGAACAGCUAACAAGGAGUUUAAUUUAAUUUGAUUGAGUAAUAAAAAUCAAAGUUCUAACUCCUCCCAGGACUAACAACGAUAAUUUGUAGGAAAAGUUGGAGGCUUGACUCAGUUUCAGUUCUUGCUUACUCUCUGCUCUUCUUCUGUGUCUUGUCUUCUAUACACCUAUGGCAAGGUUUCCUCAACUUGUAACACCAACUUCUAACGUGCAAUGUGUUUAGCUUCCUAGCUCCUCUCAGCACCUUCUUCUAAAUGGCUGGCUUCAAGGUAGCUGCUGGAUCUGUCUAACAAGCUCCAUCUCUUGAGGUGAAAGGGAAAGUGCUGCCUAUGGUUCCCUCCGAUAAACUAUACCGUAACGAACUGAACCACUUCUGACUAAGGGAGGCUUACUUAGAUAAAAUAAUAAAGUCUUUGUGGGGACAUGACAGUACCAUUUCAAGUGCUUCCUCUUUAGUUCAUAUCUUCUGUUUUGAUUUCUGAGAUUCUAAUUCUAAAAGGCAAUGGCCCCAGGUACUGGCUCUUAUACCUGGGAUUUCCAGGUCAGGACAAUCUCAGGGCUUGAGAUUUAAGAGGAGCCCCUACUGAUGAUUACAUUGCCCAUGAUGCAUUAGCCAUCACUCUCGAUUUUGCAGAGUAGGACAGAGUAGUAUAAAACACCAAGCAUAACAAAUGGGGAGUAUAUAUACAGUGUUCCCUCGCUACUUUGCAGUUCACUUUUUGCGGAUUCGCUGUAUCGUGGUUUUUCAUUAAACUCUAAAAAAAUAUUAUAAAUAAUAAAAAAUUACCAUUUACAGCCUAAGGAAGGGAGGAAGGAGAAGCCAAAGGGAGAGAAAAGGAACCUAAGCGGCAACGGGAGGAGAAGGCGGCAAUUUAUCAACACACGAUUGGUUGAUAAAGACUUAAAAUAGUUUAUAACUACUAAAAUAAUGUAUAAAUAUUAAAAUAAAUAUAGCAUCCCUACUUCGCAGAUUUUCACUUAUUGCGGGUGGUCCUGGAACUUAACUCCUGUAAUAAGUGAGGGAACACUAUAUAUAGUAGAGUCUCACUUAUCCAACAUAAAUGGGCUGGCAGAAUGUUGGAUAAGCAAAAAUGUUGGAUAAUAAGGAGGGAUUAAGGGAAAGCCUAUUAAAUGCCAAAUUACAUUAUGAUUUUACAAAUUAAGCACCAAAACAUCAUGUUUUACAACAAAUCGACAGUAAAAGCAGUUCAAUACAUGGUAAUGUUAUGUAGUAAUUACGGUAUUUACUAAUUUAGCACCAAAACAUUGCAAUGUAUUGAAAAUAUUGACUAUAAAAACAUUGGCUACUAACAAAUAGACUACAAAUAAUAGAAUUGCAUAAAAUGAAUGUACAGUAACAACAUUGUCAGAAAUUAAAUCCGUAAAAAGUUCAGUUCUUGCUGCCUAGAGAAACAGCUGUGGAUUCGGGCAGGAGGCAGACUGCGUUGGAUAAUCCAGAAGGUUGAAUAAGUGAGACUCUACUGUAUAAACACACACAUUUUCCCCCUAAACAAUGCUCUUACCUAGAGAUUCAUCCUCCUUUCCCUGAGCAUUUAAGAAGAAAGAUCAAGCCCUGAGAUUUGGGAAACCGACCCAUUCUGCAAAUUGGAUCCCCACUUCCUUGGCUUUGAGCACACCAUAGCUGAGUGGAACAGAGUUCCCGUGCUGUCCAACUUCAGAUCUCACUGUAUUUCUUUGAUACCAAAUGUCCCAGGGUGCAAUUGAAUAAUGACAUGUGCCUCCUGCCACCCCACUACAUCUAAUGAAUCCCUGUUGGCUAAGCCCAGCAGCUGUGGCUAACUCUGACAUCAGGUGCCAGUACUGCCUCAUUGGCCGCUUAAGGGUGGACAAGAUAUAACACCAUUUAGUAAUGGUAUAAAUGUUGAAAUUGUAAACCACAGAUGUGAGUGACCUGAUCCAAUCAAGGCCCUGAUGAUAGGUGUGGGAAGUGGGAAAUUUCACUUUCCCACUUCCCCCCAGUACGAAUCCUUAUCAGAGCCCCAACAUCUGUUCUUUGCAUGGCGAUUAGAAUGCUGAAAUUGCUAUAAAGAAGGGGAACAACUGCAUAUUUUCCAUUUUCUAGCAACCCCCAUCCCUUCCUCUUUAUUCAACAGGAAGUAGCCAUGUCCUGGAGGCAUCCAGAACCAGCAUCAUUUGAAGAUGCAGGUGGUGUGUGUGUCUGUGUAUACACGCACACACUAUGUGCUCAUGAAAUCUGCCUUUGGAUUGAACAUACAGAAGCAAUUAGAGUCCCAGCCAGGCUCUUGGCAAACCUUUCCUUCUAUUCUGCAUCUCCCCGCUCCAUGCACAGGAACUGAAGUCAUUUGGCUCAGAGGACAGAGUGUGAGUUUCUCUUUAUAGGCUCACGUCUUCGCACAAAUAUCACUUCCCUCUAAACACUGGCCUAUACUUUCUGAAAGAUUUGCUCUCUUGUGUGGGAAGGGUGCUGGCUUACUCAUAAACAAAGAAGAUCCCAGUGGCUUGCAAGAAAAAAAAACCCUGCUUUCAAAUAAGAAAUAAAUAACAAUUUAUUGUACUUUUUUGUUCUUCAAUCAAGGAGUAAGCUGUCAGAACUUUAUCAGAGGUAUACAGCUUUGUAAUUUGGUUGGUCUGUUUUAAUGUACUCACCCCCUGCUCUGCUACUCGAUUGCAUACUCCCCAACAAUUCACAUAUGAAAACUAUGGCCCCUUCCAUACAGCUGAAUAAAAUCCCACAUUAUCUGCUUUGAACUGCAGUGUGGACUCAGAUGACCCAGUUCAAAGCAGACAUUGUGGGGUUUUCUGUCUUGAUAUUCUGGGUUAUUUGGCUGUGUGGAAGGGCUCUAGGAUGCGAGUAUGAGGUCAAGAUGGCAAACGUUACUACGGGGAAGGACAACUUAAGCUAGGAAAUGCUGUACAAGUUUGCUUUUGCCUGAGUCUAAUGGGAAGGGAAAGAUUUUAACCUCCUCCACCCCCACCCCCCAAUGUAGUUAAUUGAGUACAAACUACUCCAGCACUUUGAAUUUGCAGCUAAAGACAAAGAAGAGAAGAGAAAUAGAAGGAAGUGUCAGAAAUGGGAACAUUUUAAAAGUAGUGGGUUUUUUUCAUGUCAGGAACGACUUGAGAAACUGCAAGUCGCUUCUGGUGUGAGAGAAUUGGCCAUCUGCAAGGACGUUGCCCAGGGGACGCCCAGAUGUUUGAUGUUUUACUAUCCUUGUGGGACACUUCUCUCAUGUCAGACCACACCUAGAAUACUGUAUCCAAUUCUGGGUACCGCAAUUGAAAGGAGAUGUUGACAAGCUGGAAGGUGUCCAGAGGAGGGCGAUUAAAAUGAUCAAGGGUCUGGAGAACAAGCCCUACGAGGAGAGGCUGAAAGAGCUGGGCAUGUUUGGCCUGAAGAAGAGAAGGCUGAGAGAAGACAUGAUGAGGGCCAUUUAUAAAAAUAUGUGAGGGGAAGUCAUAGGGAGGAGGGAGCAAGCUUGUUUUCUGCUGCCCUGGAGACUAGGAUAUGGAACAAUGGCUUUAAACUACAGGAAGGGAGAUUCCACCUGAACAUGAGGAACAACUUCUUCACUGUGAGAGCUGUUCAGCAGUGGAAGUCUCUGCCCCGGAGUGUGGUGGAGGCAUCCUCCAAAUGGCCAUCUGUCAGGGGUGCUUUGAAUGAAAUUUCCUGCUACUUGGCAGGGAGUUGGACUGGGUGGCCCAUAAGGUUUCUUCCAACUCUAUGAUUGUAUGUCCCCGCAUGGGGAGCUAGAGCUGACCCACUCUCCCUGGAUUCGAACCAUUGACCCAUUGGUCAGCAGUCCUGCCAACAAAAGUGUUUAAUCCAUUGUUCCACCAGGGGAAAAGUAUAACUGAAACUGUCCCUACCAAACGGAAACAGGUGGAGUGUAGGAAAGAAUUGGGAAAUCUACCUCAGAAUAUUUCUUGCCUAAGAAAACCCUGUGAAAUGUGAGAAGUCAACAUCAUUUGACAAAUGACUUAAAAGUACAUACAUAGUAAGACCCCUAUAACCUUGCAACCUUUUUUCCACAGUUUCACUUACCUCCACCAAGAGUUCAAUGGUCUUUCUAAGAAGUCACUAGGUCGUUCAGAUAAUUGUAUGGUGUACGUCUCUAUGAAUGUCUAGAUCAGGGGUUCUCAAACUUUUUCAGCCACGGAGACAUUUUUGAAGCAAAAUGUCUUGUGGAACCCCAAUAAAUGUUUAUAUAUUACAUAUUA